AUGGGCAACGGCACCUCCCACCGACCGGCCGGAGCAGCCACCGGAAAAGUCAUCCUCUCUAAUGGCACUAUAUUCGAGUAUGAACCGCCAAUGACCGCCGCCGAGCUCAUGCUAGAGCAUCCUCGUCACGUUGUUGUCGAGGUACCACACAAGGUGUGUGCUGGUGGCGCGGUCAAGGUAUCAACAGCGAGACCUUUACCGGCCGACAAAAAACUAGAUAAAGACAAGUUAUACCUCAUGAUUCCGAUGAGCAAAAGCAAACCGGCGUCGUGUUCCUUACAAGAAAUUCAAAAGUUGUUGUUGAUAGCAAAUAAAAAAAGUGCUCUCAAUUCAAAGACUAUGUUGUUAUCAUCCUUGACAGGGAUUCUUCCUUUGAUGGUGCGGUUUGUUCAUAUGGCGAACAAGAAAGGAAGAAUAAUUGAUGAGAAGAUAGAUGAAACGAAAGGGAAAGGUAAAACCGAGUUGUUGAUGGAGGAGAUGUGGGAGGAGAAACCGGAAUUCAUGUGGUUGAGUCGAACGGUUUCCGGGAAAGGAUGGAGACCUAGUUUGGAUACCAUUAAGGAGAAGGGUGUGAAAUAAGUAA